AGAGCGAAGGACCGGCUUCCGGAGGGCCCUUCCGCGCGUGCUCCGCGGCGUCCCCGGCCGGCCUCGGCUCUCUGCUCGCGGAAAUGGGGAAAGUGCGGGGGCUGCGGUCCCGGGUGCACCAGGCGGCCGUGAGGCCCCGCGGGGAGGCCGCGCCCGACGCCGCGCCCCCCGCCCCGCAGGCGCCCCGCGAGGAGGCCUCGGCCGGCGUCGCUGGGGGAAAGGAUUGGGCGUCCGUGAGCACUGACAUCUUCGCCAAGACCGAGAUAGACCCCCGCGCCUUGGUGCAGAGGCUGGACCUGGACACAAGGAGCGUGGCCUCCGUCAGGAGAGGUGCGGAGGUGAAGGUGAUUUUGCCCAAGAAGGAGAAGCUGAAGCUGAGGCGUGAGAGGUGGCUGCAGAAAAUAGAAGCCAUAAAGCUGGCCGAGCAGAAGCACAAGGAGGCGCAGAGGCGGAGGGCCACGGCAGUGGUGGGGGACCUGCACCCGCUGCUGGAGGCCCUGCCCGAGCUGCUGGAGCUGGAGGCCGGCCGCCGUAGGCCACAGCCCACAAGCAGGGGGAACCGGCAGCCCAGGCCGGCAGAGUUCCAUCGCAUGAGUGCUGUGCAGAGGCUGCAGCUCCUGGAGGAGGAACGGACCCGCUUCCGGGAGCUGCUGGCCAGCCCGGCCUACAGAGCCAGUCCCCUGCUGGCCAUUGGGCAGCAGCUGGCUGACCAGAUGCGGCUGGAGGAGGGCAGUGGCGGGCAGCGCUGACCCGGCCUGCGGGGCGCUCAUGGGGGCCACCGAGGACCGGGAUGCUCCGACCUGCAGCUGCACAGCGGCACGCCCUCCCCUUGUUUUUAGACUUGUCAGGAGACUGAUGGGGACCACGGAUUGAGAGAACACUGAAUAAAGGGCUUGGUGAACUUGU